CUGGAAUUUGCAUGAAGUGUGACGCUGCAGGAGUUAAUUAUAAAGAAUAAUAAUGUAUGUUAGUUUUGGUCUAUGUCACUUUGACAUCCACUGUGCUGUUAAUCAUUCAGUCAGCUGUUUUACAGAACAGAUAAGUUAUUGAUCCCCAUCCUGCACUCUGCUGCUGCAGAGGCGGGCAGCGCCUAGGGAGUCUCCUGUAAAUGUGAGCUCUUUGUCCUUUCUCUGUCCUCACAUCCUCCCUCAUCUCCUCCUCUUCAUCAUCUUCCUUCACUCUCCUUUAAUCCCCACUCAACUCCUCUUAUCUUUUCCCUUUUUCCCCCUACCCCCCCCUUAUUUUUCACUCUCCAUACCGCCUGUAGUCUAUACUCCCCUCUCUCUCUCAUGCGGUGCAUUCCCAUCUCUCCUCUUUCUGUCCAUAUGUUCUGCUCGUCUCUUCCAGCGUCCUCCAUGAGGUUUCUGUGCUGCAGAAAAAAGCCAGAGGGAUGAGCGGGGCUCACAGAAUGCAAGAGUUUAAAUACUGCAGAGAGGGAGCGACUUUGGUGAUUUCCUUGGAGGGUUUAAACUGGCUUUCUAAAAGGAGAUGCAAGGACAAAAGACUCAAAAAAAGGGACGACAAGCUCCAGUUGUUGAUGCCAUCUGAUCAAGAGCUGCAGCCAAUCACCUGCUUCUGUGUCUUCAAUAAGAGACGAUGUACAGGCCCUCGUAUACAGAGAAAAUACAGUGACCCCCAAUCGAGCUUUUUAACAUGGCCUCCUGUCUCAUACCCCCCUCGACAUGAUUAUCUUCCCAUGGAGCCGACCCCUCGCUCAACAUGCACCUCUUUGGCUUCUUUUGUCUCAGACUGUCCCAUGGAGGCCCGAUGGACAAGACCCAUUGUAGAUAUGAUGGACAUCAUCAGGUUGAUCACAAAGGGUCUAAACAUUAUUCACCAGCAGGAUGCUGCAACAAUGUUUAAUAGAUUCAUCAUUUUCUGUAAUGAAGAUAUACCCCUUGAACUUUAUAAUGACAUUUGUAUCGGUGGGGAUUGUAGGACAUCUUUAAAGGACACAGGAUGGCAUUUAAGUGAUAACAACGCGUCAAGUGAUUUCACAAAGUCCACUGCCAACCAGCUUCACAACCUCAACGCCAACACCAACAACUCUCUGGGGAUUUAUAAAGAUCUUCAGAAAUCCUCUUCAAUCUGUGAUUCUCUAGGAGAUUUGUUGAGGAAGGACAAGAAAUCAACAAAGAGGAAGAGUGUGUCCUUUGAGGAUGAUGUAACGGUCUACUUGUUUGAUCAGGAGAGCCCCACCUUGGAGCUGCACGCUGGGCCCUACGUAUCUCGGCCAAGCCACAACUCCAACCUGCCAGAGGCCACACUAGAAGACACUGGCUUGGAGUGGGACGACGACUUCUCAGCUUUGGAGAAUAACUGCCACUCUCAGCUCUCCCUGCAGACACAGAGCUGCACUGCUGCGUCCAGGCUAGACCGUUUCUCUUUAUCCCAAACCUGCCUGUUCCUCACACAUGUCACUGAGGCAGACCUUGAGCUAUGAGAUAAAGGGGUUAAUUCACCAUUUUUGCACAGCAACCCUUUUACAUUGGAUGUCCCGCCUAGGGUCGGAGGUUAAAAUUUGGACGGACGGCCUUGACCUAAUGGAAAAUCUGACGAAGAUCUCAUCCUCCUCAUCUCUUCCUCCUCUCCCGGCCUCCCCUCCCCCUUUUUUAUGAUGAGUCAGGGACGUAAACAGCUCUUUCUGAAAACACCUGCCGUUCAUGACAUCACAGCCACGCAGGACAGUGUGACAGUGCUUUCAGCUUUCUGACACGGUCGCUGAGUAUGAUGUGAUAACACAGCCUGGUUGUGCAACAGAGCUGGUACCUUUCCAGCUGCACAGCUCUUCAUAAGAUACCUUUCAUGUCAUGUUGUGUACUUGGACCUG